AUGUCCACCGACUUUGGAGCUUCGUUGCUGGAUCGCCUCCAGGGAUCCGAGCCCACCGAGGCGCAAUUGAAGAAGAUGUCUUUCCUCGAAGAGAAGCGCUCUCGCAUUGACGUCGAUUGCCUUCGCGACAACACCCUGAAGAUGCGUGAUUGGUACAACGAGCGCGAUGCCUUCGUCAACGGAAACGAUGAGAUCAAGGAGAACUUCUGGGUUCGCGUCUUCGCCAAUGCCCCCAGCGAGAUCGACCAGUACAUCAUGACCCCUGACGCGGCCGCUCUAGGCUCUACCCUCAAGAACCUGAAGGUGGACCGAUUCGAGCUCAAUGAGCAAGGCCAGGGUGAGCCUCGCAGCAUUCGUUUGACCUUCGAGUUCCGCACUGGCGAGGAAAACCAAUUCUUCGAGAACGAGAAGCUCAUCAAGGAGCUCUACUGGCGCAGGAGGUCCGUCAAGACCGCCGAUGGAAAGACCAAGUCCUGGGAGGGUCUUGUCUCAGAGCCCGUUCGUAUUCAGUGGAAGAAGGACAUGGAUCUCACCAAGGGUUUGCUCGAUGCGGCUUGCGAUCUGGCCGAGGCCGAGAAGGGUGGAAAGGACCGCAAGAAGCUCCCGGAGUUGGAGAAGCUGAAGAACAAGAUUGUUGAACUGGAAACCACUGCCGACCAGGAGGAAGAUGAGGACGAGGAUUUCCCCCUCAGCCCCGCAGGCGCAAGCUUCUUCGCCUUCUUCGGCUACCGGGGUAACGAUGUGACUGCAGAGGAGUCGAAGGCCGCUACUAAGCAAGCUGACGAGCGCUUUGCUCAGUUGUCGAAAGGAGAGACAGUUGAGGAAGAGGAGGAAGAGGAGGACGAAGAAUUCGAAGAUAUCGAGGUCUUCCCAGACGGAGAGCAGCUUGCUAUCGCCAUUGCCGACGAUUUGUGGCCCCAUGCUCUCGAACUAUUCAAUCGUGAUGAGGGGAUGGAUAUCGAGGAGCUCGAGGGUGAUCUUGAAGACGAAGACGAAGAUGAGGAAGAUGAAGACGACGAGGAAGACACACGCCCCAAGAAGAAGACCAAGGUGUAA